GACCAUGAAUGAUUCCCAAUGCCUGGAUGACCUGCCGAUCGUUUCCAGGUGGUGCGGUGCCCCCAGGCAGGAGCUGGGACUACGGGAGUUUUACAGCGAGACCCAGCGCCUGGCUUUGGAAGAGCUGAUCGCCGGCGGCGAGGGGGCUUACAGCGCCUUCCUGAAGAGGGAGAGAGCACAGGGCUUCCUGUCGGCCGAUGAGAUCGCCAGCAUCCUGCAGUCCACCAUCAGCCCCCCUGGGCUGGAGAGUCAGACACUGGAGCAGUCCUUCACUGGGUCCAAUGACCUCUCCUCGGGGACCUACUUCCCCGAUGCCUCAGACACUGAGGUGCCUGUUCUGGACAUUGGGUGGCCAGACUAUCCGAGCAACUGGUACCGGGGGGUGACCCAGGUGGAGGUCUAUUUCCAGCCCAGCUAUGGGGAGCUCAUCUACAGCUGCAAGGAGGCGAUAAGGAAGCUCAUCAGAAAGGCAGAGAAGGUUAUUGCCCUGGUAAUGGACACCUUCACCGAUAUCGACAUUCUCAAGGACCUCCAUGAGGCUUGCCGGAGGAGACGUGUCCCCGUUUACAUCCUGCUCGAUCAAUCCGGCCUCCCACUCUUUCAGAAAAUGUGUCGGGAUGCUGGUGUCCAGGUGGAGGAGGAGAGGAAGAUGAGAGUCCGCACAAUAACGGGAUGCACUUAUUGCACAAGAACAGGAGCUAAGGUUAUCGGCAGAGUUCAUGAAAAAUUCAUGUUAAUUGAUUGUGAUAAAGUAGCCACAGGCUCUUACAGUUUUACUUGGACUGAUGGGAAGCUGAAUCGCAGUAAUUUGACUGUGCUCUCAGGACAGUUGUCUGAGUUUUACGAUGAGGAGUUCCGAAUCCUGUAUGCCCAGUCACAGCCAAUACCAACCCAGUCAGCAGAUUUCAGAAAUUGUGCCAUCUAUGAAGAGAUUGCAGCAAAGAGGUUGGUGUCUAGACAGCCCACUGCCAGCAAUGCCGUCAACAGACAAAUAGUGCCAUGUUCUCCAUUAAAGUGUAAACACAAAGUUGUGGACCAAACAGCUGAGAAAAAGCCAUGCUCACAAACAUCUGUUGGCUCAGCAGAUAGCCAUGUGUCAGAAACAUCUACUCUCAGUGACAAAGCCCCUCAUAGAACCAAGGAUGUGAAGAGUGUUUCUAUACAGACUGACCUGGAGGUACAGCCAGGGACUGUCAUGCACAACACUUCCACACAAACCUGUAUUGUGCUGAAGGAUGUGGAAACCCAAACUGCACUCCUGUCAAAAUCGAGCUCCACUCAGACCUACACUUGUACCAGAAUUGGUGCACAGGCUGAAACUUUCACUGCUCCUGCUCCAUUGUCCGUCACUGAGCAGUCAGAUACAGAUGGAUGUCCAGCCAUUGGAAAGUCAACUGACACUCCCGAUCAGCCUCCUCCUUCCCCAACAGAGUCCAGUGAUGGUUCAAGUCGUUCUUCAUCUUCCGCAACCUCUGAAGGUCAGCAGUGUCAUAAUUCUGCCAGCUAUCAUCACGCAGGUCUCCACAGCACCAACUCCACACUGAGGAACUGCUUCCAGAAACUCACCAAAGAACGCCAGUUCCAUUACAUCACCAUUCGCUCCAAACUGGACAGCAUGGUUGCCAUUCUCUCGAGGAGUCGACACUUGAACAAGUUCCAUAGCCACGAGCUGGACCAGUAUAAUGUGAGAGGUAGCAGAGAGUUAAUGAGCAGGAAUAGAGUUUUGGGAUUCAGGGAGGUAUCUGCAUUGGCUUCGUUGGCACUGCGUAACUAAACAUUAUUUCAAUUCGCAUCUGAUUUAUUUUUCACCAUGUUGUGUGUGGAUUAUUUAGUGAUUGAUCAAACUUUGGUAGUCUUUAGCCAAGUUUUAACAUCAGUAACCAGGAUUUCUUUUUUAAAAAAGGAUUUGUGAUUCUAUAGAAUGUUCAGUUAUCAAGUCAAACUAUGAUUUUUGUUCUUACUAGCAUUGCCUUGUAUGAAAGAGGAUGACUAUUUCCACAGGUGACACUUUGAGCCCUCUAAAAUAAAAGUUGUCAAUAUUUUUUGAAUAAACUACCUUUUGUCACUGUACUUCAGGUGUUGCUCAGUGGGUAGCAGUAUAACCUCUGAGUCCUGAUUCAAGUCUCACUUAAGUCCUGAGUACAAAGUUUAGGAUGAUACUUUAAUUCAAUACUAAGGGAGCAUUGAUUUAGUAACCUGCUAGUUAAUGGAUGAGUUAUUAAAAUGAAGUCCUGUCUGCCCUCUUGGGUGGAUGCAGAAGUUGUUGUACAAUGAGUUAAAAGCAUCGAGGUCAUGAAGAUGUAUAAAUGCAAGCCUUUCUUUCCUUCUGAAUCUACAGUACCUUGUUAGUAUUUUGAUUUUCACAAAUUAUGGGUGUGAUAAACGAGGACUGAAAAGUGACAAUGUUAAAAUAUGAACAGAGAAGCAAUCCUAAGCGCCAGUGAUGGUAGAUGCAGCAAGCUGAAAAGAAAUUGGAUUCAUUCUGAGUUGGUUGUAAAUUCAAAUUUUGUAUUUAAGGUGGUUCAUUCUUAAAAAAUUAAAAAAAUACCUGUAAAGCUUAAUAUAAAACAUGCAUGUGAAAAUAUUCAAUGCGUUCUCUCAUUUGCAAUUGAAGAUGACAGUUUUGAUAUUUAACUCUUCUCUUGUAGCUUGAUGUACUGAAGUGGACCAUAUUGGUUGACUUUCCAAUUUUUAAAGGAGAGGAAUUUUCUUUAGUCACCACAACUGCAUUUAGUUCCUAAAUUCAGAAACGUAUGUACGUACGUAAUUCCUCCAGUAGGAACCAGACGGUGCUUCAUAGAUUAUGUACAAUAAAAUGACAUGUUCAUAUCUCUCCAUGUAGAAUUUAGUGAAGGGAACUGGCCAUUUGGUCCAACUGGCGUAUGCUAGUGUGUGGCUCGUGAGUCUCCUUACACAUUACUUCUGAACCUAUUACGAUAUCCAGCAAAUGUAGCACCUAGUUUUCCCUUGAAUGACCUGUGCUAUUUGCUUCAGCCAGUCUAUGAAGUAGGUUCCACAUUUUCAUCACUGAAUAAAGAAGUUUUUUUUAUUGGAUUUGUUGUUGACCAUCUCAUUUAUAACCCUUUGCUUUCAACAAUCCCACUAAUGGAAAUGCCUUUACCCUAACUUGCCCAAUGUUUCUAAUCAAAUGCUCUUAACAUUUUUUCACUUAUUGUGAAUUUUAUGUGCAAGUCAUGGGAAAAUUUGGUUUUGGACACUUAUUUCCAGUAUCUGGUUGGGUAAAGGCUGAAAUCCUAGUUAACAUCAGGAACAAAACUGGAUAUGGCUUUUAGAAAGCAAUGGAAGAAUUGCUAUCCCAUUUUCAAAUUCCUGUUUGGAUAUUAUAUAACCUGCUAGACUGCCCCAGUCACACAAUACAAUCCUAACUUCUGCACUGUGAGAGAGAUGUUUUAUUUUGUCUCAUGUCAACAAUUCUGUAAUUUCUUCUAAGUUGAAAUAACAGUUCAUGUGAAUAUAUAGAAGAUCAUUUUGUACAUAGCCACGGGAAAUGCCUUGAAGUGCCUUAACUUUUCAUUAGCAGGUCCUUACUAAUGAACUCUGAAAGAAUGCUGGUGUCAAAUUAGCUGCAUGAGCUAGAAAUUCCUGUCAAAUUGUUCUGGCUCAGCAUCUACUAGUGAUGGACUCAAUCUUUUUUAAAAACAUAUUCUCAGUAACAUUAAAAAUGUAGCAAUAUUGAUCAAUGGGAACAUAAUGUUCAGAGAUUUUGAAGCACGAUUUGUAAUGCCUUACAUUUAAAGUAGCCCCGAAUCGGUGCAUAAUUCAAGCUGUCAAAGUAACCACAACAGAUUGUUGCCCAAUUGCCAUGUAAUCUACUCCUAGCAAUAUCAUUUAAGGGGUUUGCUUAUAAAUAGUAUAAAACUGAGAGUGCCCAUAGUACCUUCCCUAAUGUUUUAAACUUGUAUGUCAAUUUCUCACACAUUUAAAUUGGAUUGAUGAUGUAAACUUUAUAUCCAUUUAAUUUGGUGGCUGGGAUAUCUGAUGGUAUUUGUAUGUUUGUUUAUUGACUAUUAGCUUUCUGUAUUGUCUUUUUAAAUGUAUAUCCUUAUGCUGUAAAAUUAAAGAAUUGGUCUAAGUUCACUGCCACUCUGGGCUCCCAGACUGAAUCUGUCCCUUGGCUUUUCAAAUGAUUGAAUGAAAUCCUUCAUUUUGAGGAUUGUUGCUAUGGGAAAAUUAUAGAAAUGGUGUUAAUAUUUGAUCUACAGAGAUUUGCAGCAUCUAUCUGCAGGUUGCAAGACUGGCUAUUGUGGAAUGCAAUAAAAGAUUUUUUAAAAAAAUACUGAUGACAUUUUUAAUUCUGAAGUGUGUUUAAAUGGUGUACAGUACAUCUUGUUUUUAAUUAGUAACUCUGAAGCUGAGAAUUAUUUCUCAUGAUUUCAGAAUUCUGAAGCCAAAGAAUAUGCCACAUAGCAA